AUGAUGCUGUCUUUGUGCCAUGAGCGGCCACGAAAUUCGAAAAAGUCAAAGAAGGCGGACCGCUCAUCUCGUGCGCGGUCGAUAACUCCAAGCGAUUCUCACGCCUCCGUGCUAUCAACGGAGAUAUUCGCUUCCCCUGUUCCAACGUUGAUGCGGUUGCUGGUAAAAAUGACUUCGGCAACGUUUGAGCGUGCCAAGGGUGCUCCUGGAAUUGAGUUUGAUGUAUCAAAAGAUGGAUAUGGCUGUCUACAAAUACCGGAUGUGAAUGCUCGGUCCAGUUCUUCGAUUGAACCUGCAACCACUACGCCGUCCCUGUCGACAUUUGCCCACAGCUCCAAGGUGUGGCCUCCUCCAGACGGAUACUCAGUGAUGGCAUGGUUUCGAGUGGACUCAUUGGAUCGCAAGGAUGAUCGUGAAAAACUCUAUCGCGAGUGCUUUAUGUCUAACACGUGUAUUCACUGUCGAAACAAGAUACAAGAUGAGUGCGUGCUGAAGUGUUCUCAUCGAGCAUGUCGAGGCUGCAUAGAGGCUCUGCUAAACAGUGGCGGUGAGUGUGUGGUUUGUAACCCACCGAUGUUCUAUAUCUUCAGAUUUCGAUCAAGUGAUGGAAAGUCAGUCAGUGAGGCGUUUCUCAAAGGGGGAAAGCUCUAUAUGCGGACGAGCUCCAACCGUGCGUCUGCUUACCAGUUUUCACAUACCCCAAUUACGACAGGACAGUGGUAUCACGUGGUUUUCACUCAUGCAAGGCAACGUUUCCAGUCCAGUAUGGUUUCUUGCUACCUAAAUGGAAUUCUGCAAGAGAACGUGAAGAUAUCGUACCCUUCCGGUAUUACUGGGAGCCAACCGCUUAGUGGUUUGCUAGGUGUACCAUCCCAGGCUCGCCGCUGUUCCAGUGCGAAAUGGAUGCUGGGUCCAUUUUAUCUGUUGGACCUGCCAGUCUCGCCACCUGUAGUGAAUGCAGUAUUUGCAGCGGGGCCGUCUUAUGACCGAUUGUUCUUUGGUGCUACUGGAAGUAACGAAAUCGGAGUCACGUUUGACCACCUGAGCAUACCAAACAUGGUGAUGCUUGAUUCAUACAUGUGGGACCCUGUCCGAUCAUUAAUCGAUUCUGUCGAUGUUGAACGUGGCGGCCGUAAUAAACUGCUUCGUCGGAGUCUGUCGCUUGCUUCAGCAGCAUCCAGUACAGCCGCAGCAAUCGUUCAGGACAUCAAAUCCAGCUCCAACGUUUUCGCUCGCAUUCCUAGUGCAGCACCAUUGAUCCAUAUCCCCAUUCCGUCUGAGCGUAUUGUGGUUACAUACUCAGCACGAAAUGGCGUUGCUAAAGAGCUAUCGAUGGUUCCCAGUAGUAAGCUUGAUGGACGACCAAGUGGGCAUCUAAUGGGAGGAACCACGUUGUGUGAAGCUGCUACAAUGGCAGAUGCCAUGUUCGACAUCCGCACCUCUGGGUGUCAAAUAGCGUAUGGGUUGCUUGAUGAGGCUUCUACAAAAGAGGAGGUGGAGUUGGCUCUCGAUCUAUUGCGCUUGUGUAUGCAGAGUAAUUUUCGUAACCUCGCAGCGAUGGAGAACGAUCAUGGAUACGGUGUUGUGAAUUAUUUACUGCAUCAAAAGGCAUCGCUUUUAAGCGCGACAUGCUUGCAAACACUUUUCCGUAUCGUUGGGGUGGACUUUGAACUCGACGCACCUGUGCGGCAAUCGGGGAUAGAGGCACAUCAUUCACGAGAUAGUGCUAUCAGGAAUGUGCAAGCUCUCCAGUAUUUUAUUUUGGACUACUCACUCUGGCAAAAAUUGCCGGGCGCGGAUACAGCAAAGUUACUUUUUUCGACGCUGUACGCAUGCUUGGCUGCUGCUGAUGAGGCGAUUCGUGAGCGGAACCGAGCACAGUUGCAGUCGAUGAGCUUUAUUCGGCAAUUAUUGUACGUGCUAAUGGACCCGACCGUCACGGACGGUGUUUCUAGAGUGGUUGUGGAUGUGAUAUUGGUGUGCUUGACGAGCCCAAGCCGUGAUUCAAUUGUGGAAUCAAACUUUUCAGAUGUUACCAGCUUUCUUGCAGCUACGCUGUCUCCACGCUUUGGUCGCUAUCGGAGUGAAGUUGUCGAUGAUGAAAUCUCUGCGGAAGUGGUGUUAGCCACAAUGAGCGAUGACGAAAAGUUUGAUGUCACUGAAAGAAACACUGGACAGUUCAAAAUGCACACGCUAGCGAGUCCUACUGGUCGAUUGUGCCUGAGUCCUCGGGGAUCUCAAAGAAUGGACUCUUGGAGUGACACGAAAGACUCAGAGGAAAAACCGGGACCAACAAAAGUGGCAAAUGCGCGGCUGAUCUCACACCAAGCUAAAAUCCAGGAACUGUUGUUGGAUGCACUGGUCAAAGCAGUGCACAAGCUUGAUAUCAAGGAGAACAGAGAAAAUGGAGAAGACCUUGAUAAUGGGACCUCAGAAAUGAAUUCUGUUGGAGCGUUGAAAGCCAUGGCUCCAUCAAGCAAUUCAGCGGGUGGGGCUGCGCGAAUGCAAUUACCAACUGCUUCUCGUCUUACGGGCUUUCGCAAGUAUUUGGGGAUGCGGUGGAUUGAGUAUUUUCUGUUCCCCGGCGAAGAAACUGAGUUUUCACUUUGUAUUCCCCCGUCAACAAUAAUUGCGGCUCUACGGUUGCUAUGUACGUUGCUGGGAAACUCACGGUACGAAAAUGUGUUCAAGAAAGAGGGCUACUACCGGUUGCUAGCUCAGGGUUUGCCAUGCAACCACAUUGCAUUCGCUACAGCCGCUGUGGAUCAAAUACUGGUGCCGUUUCCGUUCCAAAAGAUGUGGUAUACUCUGUUCGGGGCACUCUUAGGGACUCCUAUUGACGGCGUGCCUACUGAAAUACGGCUUGAAAUCGACUAUCUCAGAAAGGAUUUUGAAGUCAACAUUCAACGGGAUCGCGUCGUGAAUUUCAGCAUUUUGAAUGUCAUUAUGGUGUUACUUCGCCGUCAUUUCAAUGACCCAGUAGCAAUGAUGAGUACCGCAGGAGAUAUGUUGAUGGUUUCAAUUGUCGAUGUCGAUGGAGAACCCGAUCAGAAAAGCGCAGGACCGCAAUCUGCUGUAACAAGCGCCUCGACCGAGCUCAACGACAUUCACCAGGUGGAAGUUCUCGACUUUCUUCAUCAUAUCUUUGAAAAUAUGCCAAGUCUGCACAGUUUCGUUGUUUCGGGGACUGAGAAAAUGCGACAGGAGUUCAUGGAGGAACUGACUCGUUUGAUUUGCGCUGCUGCGAGAGCUUACUUAAUUGAUCAGUACCCACACUCUCAAGGGCAAGUAACGAAAGUAUUGGAGGACAAGCAAAUUGCUCUGACCGAGUACAAUAUCGCCGUAGCUCGGGCAGAGUUGGCAGAAGAAGCAGCAGCAGCGGACUCGAAUGGAAGUGAUCCGUUCUUACAUCAUUCCGUUUCGGCAAGCGGUCUACGACUGCUAAUCGCGCAAUUGAUGAAACUUCUGCUUGAUGCUCCGAACGGCAGCGACUUUGUCGAAGAGUAUGUCGAUGGCACUGCAAACUCAGCAGUUGUCCUUCCGCCGCUACACAGUGGACUCGUUUUACGCUUCCAGAGCCUUGUGGUAAUGGGACUUCUUGACCACAUCCGCGCGAAAUUUGACGAUGACGAUAUCUUGGCCAAGCACAAACACUUUGGGGCGAACGUGCGGGAAUUUGUGAAGUUUGUUGUUGGGAAAAUGCACAGCUGGCAGCGACCGCAGCACGGAGACGGAUGCCCAGCCGCCUUUGCUUGCUGUGGGCGAGCUCAUUUCGUUGGUGGUCCGUCUCGGUUAUUAGAAAUGGUUUUGUUUGUAUUGGCAGAUGCAAAUAUCGGUACAUGUGGAACAAGUGGAGGUGGAUUGUCGGUAUUAUCAACGUCUUCAUCGUUUGGUGGCUUGCUCUCGGAGAAACUAGGCAAAGGGAAGAAACGGAAGCCAUUUCGACAACUUAUGGAUCGAAUGACUCGCUCUGCAGAGCUCGAAAAUCUACUAUUCGAGCUGUUUACAGCCUUAAAUGCUGUCAUUCUACACGUCAUACACGGUCGUGGUGCUGAGGUUGGUGAUGAAGAGCUGGAAGCUAUGUUACAGCAGAUCCAUUCACAUCGUGAAACCGUGUUCGGCUCACAAAAUACCCACGACAAACGAUUUCUGGGCUGCUUGUGCCGAUAUCUGCUGCAACUGUUGAGUGACUCGAAUAUCCGCCCGCUCCAAGAAGCGGCUGCACAUCUUUGGAUCGAUCUCAUGGUUUUUCAACGGACUUUUGUUGAUGAUCUACUAACUGUCGAAAUUCGAAAGAGUGGGGCGCCGCCAUAUUCGGUAAAUUUGAUGAAGAACGGGUUUGACGUACUUCUUGAAUGUGCAGACACUCCUGAAGGGAGACAAAUAGUGCAAUCGUCAUCGUUCGCCAAGUUUUCGAAGUGGCUGGAGCUUGUUGGGCCUCCAUUGAAAGAGUUAGAGAACAUUCUGGAUCGUAUCUACAUUAACUUUGUGGUGGAAACCAAGGAAAGUGUGCAUGAAACAUGGGCAGCGUAUCACAAGAAAGCCAAUCACCGGAAAAUCAAGUACGAAAAGCAGUUUGAAGCACGGUGCGAUUGGUUUGUAUCGAUGGAGAAUGCCUACGUCGAGUCUCUUCUGCGAUCACAGCAGCAUGAAUUCCGCCGUCAGCUUAAGUGGAAACAAGACCGAGUGGACAGACAGAAAUUUGUUGCUCGCCAAUGGGGACGCCUGCACCUUGAUUUCCAGCGAGAUGCUCUUGCUGAUGGAAAAGCUAAAGAGCAAAAGGUUGGGGUAAACGCGUCGGAUAAUCCCCUGUUGAUGGUGGAGAUUGUAAAUCGAACCAGGUAUGACAUUAAAGCGUCAUCUCCUCAACAUUAUUGCUGGCGAUUGGACUUUACGGAAGGUCCGUAUCGAAUGCGUAAACGGCUUACCCGAAUGGCUCAGACUCUCGAGUUUCCGCGUUUUCGUGGCCAGCAAUCAUCUCCAGCGCGUUUGUGUGAAACCAGCAAUAAAAUGAAGCCAAGAAUUUCUGCUCUAGCACCAAACGGGGAUUUUCACGGAUCUGGGCGACUUCAGCGACGCUAUUCAGAGUCUGAUGUCAAUCUAAGCGCUACCAUUUCUCGGGAAAAGUCUCCCAGCGGUACAGCUGCGCAUCUCUCCACGCGGCAGCGAUCCGAUGAAAGUGAGGUGGGAAAACCCCGGCAUCCAGCCGCGAAGAGACCAUUUGCGACCAGUGCAUCAUCGUCUGCUGUGUUAAGCUCCAGGGAGCGGUUGCGCAAGGGCUCCUUUGAAGCCUUGUUCAACAAAUACGUGAAGAAUGAGAGACGCCCAUCUCAGAGUUUUCGCUUUAACCGACUAUCUGCUGGUCACGACAGUAUCGUCGAACAUGAUGCCAGUGCCGACAAUGAAGAGGAAAAGGCAGGUGAUGUCGGCGGGGUCGAGAGUUCGACUGCUGAAAGUGCAGCCAACGCUGGCGGUGUGGUUAUGGAAGAUGUGGUUGAUGAGAAACUCCGGCCGCUAUUGAUGCCGGGGGACGAAAUCGCUGACAUUUACGACUGUUUGCGAAUUGACGGCAUGGAUUCGUGUCCUGGCGUCUUUUUGCUAUGCAAUGAUCACGUGUAUAUCGUCGACAAUUACCAGCGACAGAGUCAGCCUUUCACUUCUUCUCACACUGAUAAUGGAAGCGAGCACAACUCCCAAGUUCGAGUGACGGAGGUUCCUCAAGGUUCCACAACGUUGCUGGAACGUCGUCUAAGCUGGCGUGUCCUCGAGUCUCCGCACCACUCGCAACCUGUCUCGAGAUCCAGGGAUACCCAUCAGUGCCGGUUUUGGGCGUACGAAGACAUUAAGGAGCUUCACAAGCGAAGAUACCAGCUCCGUCACGUUGCGCUCGAGUUUUUUGCAAACGAUGGCAGAAACUAUUUGGUUACGCUAGAGUCACUGGAACAACGUGAGCUCGUGUUUCAUGCACUCUUGGCCAAGUGUCCUAAUGUCCAGGGAGCAGCCAGUGGUCUCGAUGGCGUGUCAGGAGGGGGCGAUUUGUAUUCACAGUUGCGCAAACUGCUGCGCAACAGUAUGACAGAGCGCUGGGUUCAAGGUGAUAUUUCCAACUUCGCGUACCUCAUGCACCUCAACACGCUGGCAGGAAGAUCGUACAAUGACCUCACGCAGUACCCCGUCUUUCCGUGGGUCUUGGCUGACUACGAGUCCGAGAUAUUGGAUCUCAGCGAUCCAAAUGCCUAUCGAGAUUUAUGCAAGCCCAUGGGUGCACUUCAACGCGAAGAGGAGUUUCGAGCGCGCUACGAUGGCUUGCUGGAAUCUCUUGGAGCUGCUGACGAUGAUGCAGAUGAUCACCCGCUCAGUUCGCGCCCAUUCCACUAUGGUACGCACUACUCAUCAGCUGCUAUUACGCUGCACUACUUGAUGCGCCUGGAGCCUUUUACUUCACACUUUCGCCGCCUUCACGGCGGGAAAUUUGACCACGCUGACAGGUUGUUCACGAGUGUUGUCGGCGCCUGGAAGAGUGCUGCCGGUUUUGAAGGUGCUCAAAAUGGCACCCAGGACGUGAAAGAACUCAUCCCCGAGUUCUUCUACUUGCCAGAGUUCCUAGAAAAUGUCAACAAAUGCGUUUUCGGCACUAGCCAGACUGGAGUCGUCGUAGGAGACGUGGAACUUCCACCCUGGGCCAACGGAUCACCUACCGAGUUCGUGCGGUUGAACCGAGCAGCACUCGAGAGUCCGUACGUAUCAGCGAACUUACAUCAUUGGAUCGAUUUGAUUUUUGGAUACAAGCAGCAAGGGCCAGCGGCAGUGGAAGCUUGCAACAUCUUUUACCAUCUCACGUAUGAAGGAUCAGUGGACUUGGAUGCUAUCACGGACGCGUCAACCAAGCGCGCCAUCCUGGAUCAAAUCACAGAGUUUGGACAAACUCCAUCACAACUGUUCCGGACUCCGCAUCCAGUCCGCGCAGUCUCUGCGUCAGCGAGCAGCAAUACUGCAACGAAUAGUUCGCUCUUCGGAGGUUCGUUAGGACCGUCUUCUGGUGCCAGUAACGCUCAAGGCGACAGCGGAGAUGGCAGGAGAGUGGCUACUUCUCCCGUGACUACCCGAGCCGCGCUUGCAAGUUCUUUUCUGGAAGGAGGAGAAAUCAUCUCGCGGAUGCAGACUAUGCUGUCUAGCGGCCCGGUACUCAGCGGUACGUUCGUAGGCACGACAGAAACAACUUUUUCGCCAGCUCUCGAGACCUCAGCAAUGUUACAGCAGGACCCACGACGACAGGUCCCUGUUAAUCCACUUCUGGCUUUCUACCGACGUGGACAGCAGAACUCGGCUUCUUGUAGCAAUACCAGCAUACACCACAUUGCGUGGACAAGUGGCGGAGUUGCGCGAGAAGAAAAGGUGGUUGCUGUUGGCCCCAAGUGUCUGUUGAUCCCUCCACGAAAUAACGAGUAUCUUGCGUGGGGGUUCCACGAUCGAUCGGUAAAGGUUGUUUCUACUGGAUCCUCAGAGAUCGGUGGUCAUGGUAGCGAGUCCAAGGUGGUUGCAUGUUUGGAACUGGAUGUGGAGAUUGACGUCGCAACUAUUACCACUGACGGUCGAAUUGUCAUCACAAGUAGUCCGGGUUUGCCUGUGAUGCGCGUGUGGCGAUUCAACUCGACACGUCGCUCUCUAGCUGCGUCUCUAGCUGCCGCCUCGGGUUCUUCUUCGGCGUCGGCGACAUCGUCCUCGGCUGCAGCAGUAGCGAGUUCGCUGGCGGCUGCGUCGGCGUUGAGUGCACCUCACAGGCGUCGUACUUACACCACAAUGGGACCAUCCAGCACGCGAUCGCUCACACUGAUGGGGUCAGUAGCUACACCAACGCACCAGCAUCAAAUAACCGCGCUGCAAGCAAGUCGAGCGUACAGUGUCCUCGUGAGUGGCUGUGCUGGUGGUGUCGCUGUGCUUUGGGACUUGAAUCGCCGUCGAUUCAUCCGCCAGCUCCCACCGAUAAGCGGUCAAGACAGCGGUCGGGUGCAUAGCAUCACCACGAUAUGCAUUAACGAGGUGACUGGCGACAUUGUCGUGGCUGCUGGAUCAACGUUCGGAGUGUACAACAUUAAUGGGGUUCUCCGUGUGCGUUUGGAUGACACCGUCGUCGUGUUUCAGGACCCUUCUGCACUCUCUCCGGUCGCCAUCACCUCAAUGGCAGUGAACCGCGGUGAAGCGUGCGAAUGGAGCGCUGAGAAACACGUCGUGACUGGCCAUGCUGACGGCACUCUAUGCGUUUGGGCGUACUCGCAAUCCGGUGGUCGGGAUCAGAGUGAGCAGCCUCAACAACGACGUAAGGACGAAUGGGUCAUUGAGCUCCAAGGUCGCCACAAGGUGACACCGAGCAGCGCCAUCACUGCUAUCUGCGUCACUCCAGACAAGCGUAAGCUCUUCACGGGGACACAAGACGGCCAGCUAUCUUGCUGGACGGCGUCGACAUCGAACUCCUCCCCGACAGCUGCGCAUCGCUAG